CGGCAAUGCUAUCGUUGUCUUGUUCGGUGACUCCGGAAAUGCUUCCCCAGAGUUUGCCAUCGUCUAAGCUUGUGUCCCGGGACUUAAUCCCGGUCGCACUCGGCUCUCAGGAUGGACAUUGGACUUAAUAUGCACAUGGACUUAGCUUUAUUUCUUUUACUUCGUCACGGACUUGAUGCCCUACCCUUGAUUUUGCACUUGAUUCUGCUGAAGCAGAAUCAAAUUUCUUUCCCUUCUAAAACUAGAGCUAGAUCGCUUCAGUACACGUUAUAUGGACCAUUAGUUACUUACAUCGUGCUUGGUUCGCGAAUCGUAUUUCAACGCACGACUACUUUUUAUGAUCAUCUGACUUAAUGUCAAUAGGGAAGCAAUCUGAGGUAGACCACACAAGAGCAUAAAUAUAAGGUAUGGACGACAUAGGCACCAACUGAGUAUAUUAAUAACGUUGAGGAUUUAGUUCUUUUUGGUCUUCGUGACUGCCU